AUGCGUCGACGACUGGCACGAGGCCUUGGCUGCACAGUGCUUCGCAGCCGCCCACCGUCGACAAUCGAAUGGGACCAUCUGUCAGUCGAGCCGGCCGGUCUUCUGUGCUGUACUGUACAGUACCAACCCAAGUGUGCCAGAGUCCACCCACCCAGCCCCGACCCAACAAGACUGCGCGCGCUCGCGCCAACACCACACCCUCAGCUUCCCAAUAGUAGGACCGAGGGCUGCAUCCCAGCCAACCUCAUUUCAUUUCGGGGGGCAUCAGUGAAAGAGGCAGGCGGGCAGGCCUCCAUCUCUUCAGCGCCUUCGGAUAUCGCUCCAAUUUCCCCAUCCUCCCGUCUCCCGCCUCCCAUCCGCGGUGGCGGUUGUCUUGGCGGGCGACAAAAAGACCCAUUGCCGGCAUCUCCGCAUCCAAACAAGGUGUUGGGCGCGCGUGGUGCAGCUCAUCGCGAGCUUGGGGCGUGCUCUCUCGCAUUCCUGGAUCCGGCGACACAACGGUGCCCGCCAGACCUCUCGAUGCACAGGCGCAUCAACCUAUUCCUGAAAAAGCGCAUGGUUUUCGGCUCUUGUUUAGCAAGCGAGCUGCGCUUCACCAAGGGAAGACGCGAACUCGAGCUUGCGUCUUUGCGCCCCAAGGCGCAGGCAGGCUCAAGACGCCUUAUCUCGAUCCUGAAAAACCCCUGGGCGCGUGUGACAACGCCUGAGACCUGCGGUGUGCUCCGGGCAACCUCAGUCAUACUGUAUACAGUCCAACGCCGGUUCUUUGGGCGCGGAGAGAAGCCGGAACGGUCCUUGAGCGUUGUGCAUGUAACGAGCUUGGGAUCCCGGGCGACGUACUCCGUACUUGCCGUCGACCUCGUCUCUCCCAAAUCCGAGCAUGUUCUGAGUGAGUACUGUACCAGAUGGGGGCUGCCGACCAAUGCCCCUGCCAUUGGUCCGUUUUCCUUGAAAGAAGGUGCAAACCGCCAACCACUGUCUCCGUCGCUUCGGCGGCGGUCGAUCUUGGUCGAAUGCUGCAAGCUGCACGCCACCUACCGUACGGAGCAUUCUCGCCAAGUACCCAAACGCGCCGGGAACGAGGCGCUUGGCCAUCACGGCCGCCGCCGCCACCACCGUUGGGCCGACUUGGCGAUGACUUGGCGAUGCCCCGUCGCCUCCACCUCAGUAUUGGGUCCAUGCUGA